ACGAUACACGGCAACCCCGGCAACUUGCUAGCUGAGCUGUACGGGUUGUUAGCUGCCCGAAAUACCUACCUGAAGCCCUUUGCUUUGUAUGGAAACGGUCAGCAUCUCUAACCGGGUGAGGGUAUAUUAUUGGCAACACAGUAACUACUGCUUAUGUUCAUGUUACGUCGCGCCGGAUAUAAUGAGGAACGUUAUUGUGCUGUCACUGCUGCUGCUGAACAUACAUCAUGUCAUAUCAGCACCCAAAGGUGUCACUGCCAGUCUAAAAGCAAAGUGGAGCAUGACGCCUUUCCUCCUGGAGACAAGCGAGUUUAUUGGAGAAGAUGGGAAUGAGAAAUUCUGGCAGUUUGUUGAUACUGUGAAAGAGCUCACUGUAUACAAGCAAGGCGAGUCUGUGCGCUCGUACUACAACUUGAUCAUUAAGAAGGCUGGUCAGUUUCUCACGGAUCUUCAAGUUAAUCUCCUCAAAUUUGCUCUGGCUCUGCGGUCAUACUCACCAGCUGUUCAUGCAUCCCAGCAGGUAGCCAGUGAUGAGCCUCCGCCUGAGGCUUGCCCUGCCUUUGUCUCCAUCCAUGGUCAACAUAGCUGCAGUACCAAGGACAUCAAGAAGCUCCUGAAGGCAGCUGCAGGCAGGCCAAAACCGUAUUUAUACAAGAAUGAUCGCACAUAUCCAGGGGUCAAUAAAACAGAUGUGCCAGUUGUGAUCCUCUAUGCUGAGAUCGGAACCAAGAAGUUCACCUCUUUUCAUAAGGUGCUGUCAGAGAAAGCUAAAGAGGGCACACUUAUAUAUGUGCUGCGGCAUUUUGUAGCGGUUCCAAAGCCUCAAAAGAUGCUUUUAUCUGGGUAUGGAGUCGAAUUGGCUAUCAAAAGCACAGAAUACAAAGCUGUGGAUGACACCAAAGUAAAAGAUUCAAAGACAGUUAUAAAUGCUGAGGAUGAUAAUAAUGAUGAAGUUCAAGGAUUCCUUUUUGGACCAUUAAGGAAAUCUCAUCCUGAACUCCGGGAGCAACUCGUUGAGCUUCGCAAACAUCUCCUGGAGAGUACAAAUGAUAUGGUCCCUCUCAAAGUGUGGGAAAUGCAAGAUCUUAGUUUCCAGGCAGCUGCCAGAAUCAUGUCCGUGCACAAGUUUGAUGCUUUGAAGCUCAUGCGAGACCUCAGUCAGAACUUCCCAAGCAAAGCCAGAUCACUGACAAGAGUGGCCGUAAAGCAGGAAAUGAGAAAAGAAAUUGAGGAGAACCAAAAGCGUCUUAGUGAGACCAUUGGUGUUCACCCAGGAGACGGGGAGCUCUUCAUCAAUGGACUGCAUAUUGAUCUGGACAUUCACAACCCUUUCAGCAUUUUGGAUAUCCUUAGAGGAGAGGCCAGGGUCUUGGAGGGGCUUCAUAACCUAGGCAUAAAAGGAGAACAUCAGGGCAAGCUGCUGAAGUUACCUGUGAAUGCUGUGGAUAACAGCUAUGCCUUAGAUAUCAGACAUCCAGCUAUAAUGUGGAUAAAUGACAUAGAGAAUGACCCAGUGUACCGCAGCUGGCCAACAGGUGUACAGGAGCUCCUCAGAGCCACCUUUCCUGGUGUCAUCCGGCAGAUCCGACGAAAUUUCUUUAACCUGGUACUGUUCCUAGAUCCAGUACGGGAAGAAAGUGUUGAGCUGGUGAAACUAGCAGAGCUUUUCUACAAGCAUAAGAUCCCUCUGAGAAUUGGAUUUGUGUUUGUUGUCAACACCAGAGAUGAGAUUGAUGGCUUCUCAGAUGCAGGGGUUGGAUUUUACCGACUACUGAAUUACAUUGCAGACGAGUACGAUUUAUCCCAGGCUCUCAUGUCCAUGCUCUCAUUGUACAGCCAAGUAGAUGUAGGAGGGGUACUGUCUGUUGAUACAAUCUCUGCUUACCUGAAGAGAAAAUUCCCUAAAGCCAAUGCUGAACGGAUUCUUGGUAUAGAAUCUGAGUAUGAUGACAAAAGAAAGGAUGGUACCCUCUUCUACAAAAAGAGUGGCCUGGGUGCCUUACCUCUGGCUUUAUUUAAUGGAGUCCCUCUGAGCCCAGAUGAGAUGGACCCAGACGAGCUGGAAACCAUCAUCCUGCAGCACAUAAUGGACACCACCACCACCUUCCAGAGAGCUGUCUUCAUGGGUCAGUUGACUGAGGGCUCAGAUGUGGUGGACUAUCUAAUGGAGCAGGCCAAUGUGGUUCCCAGGAUGAACCCUCUUAUUCUAAGCACUGACCGACAGUACCUCGACUUCACUGCCACCCCAGUUGUAGAUGAUUGGGAGGACACAACUAUGUUUUCAUACUUGGACUCCAGAGACAAAACAGCUGUGAUGGCUAAGAGAAUGAAGUACUUUACAAAUGGUGAUGAGGAUGGGAUGAGUGCUGUGACCAUGUGGAUAGCUGGAGAUUUUGAGAAGGUUGCAGGAAGAAAAUUGUUGCUCCAUGCUCUGAAACAUGUGCAGAAGGCCAGCCCUGGAGUGCGUGUGGGGGUGAUAGAUAACCCCAGCGGAAAGCCCAGCGAAGAUAACACUGUGCUGUACAGGGCUAUCUGGACCUCUCUCCUCACCCAGAAGAAUAAGGCUGCAGCAGAGUUUGUGCAAAAACUCCUGAAAGAGGAGAGCAGCCAGCUCCUACAACAGGGGACCAAAAUGAAGGACUUACUGACGCAGGGCAUGGACAAAGAUUCCUUUGAGAAAAAGUUCAACACACUGGAAGUGGAUUUUAUCCGUAGUCAGCAGCUGUUUUGUCGAGACGUUUUGAAACUGAGUCCUGGACAGCGGGCAGUGAUCAGCAACGGCAGGAUCCUUGGUCCGUUUGAAGAGCAGGAAGAAUUCACUGUGGAGGAUUUCCACUUGCUAGAGAAGAUUACACUGAGCGGUUCUGCAGAGAAAGUCAAAGCCAAAGUUAAACAGAUGGGGAUGAAGCCAAAGCACGCUAGUGACUUAGUCAUGAAAGUUGAUGCCCUCCUAACUGCAGCCCCCAAAGGAGAGAUCAGGAGGGAUGUCCACUUUAUCAAAGACAGCCACAGUGUGCUCCGUCUCUCCCCGCGUGAAAACGAGGUGUUCUAUGAUGUUGUUGCCAUCGUCGACCCCCUCACUAGGCAGGCACAAAAGAUGUCCCCUCUACUGAUUGUGCUCAGUCAAGUGGUCAAUGUGAGACUGCAGGUGUUUAUGAAUUGCAGGGCCAAGUUGUCCGAGAUGCCCCUCAAGAGCUUUUACCGCUUUGUCUUGGAGUCUGAUGUGAAUUUCUUGGCCAAUGACACAGUGUCUCCAGGACCAGUUGCCCGCUUCUUGGAGCUCCCAGAAUCUCCCCUUCUCACCCUUAAUAUGAUCACACCAGAGAGCUGGAUGGUACAGGCUGUCCGCAGCCCCCAUGACUUGGAUAACAUCCACCUGCAGGAGGUGAGUGGGUUUGUGACAGCAGAGUAUGAGCUGGAACACCUCUUGCUGGAGGGCCACUGCUUUGAUCUGUCAACCGGCCAGCCUCCCCGUGGACUGCAGUUUACCCUGGGCAUGAGUCGGGACCCGCUCAUGUAUGACACUAUUGUCAUGGCUAACCUGGGAUAUUUCCAGCUGAAAGCCAAUCCUGGUGCCUGGAUCCUGAGAUUACGUAAAGGGAGAUCAGAGGAUAUCUAUCAGAUUUUCACGCAUGAUGGAACAGAUUCCCCUGCAGAUGCCGGUGAUGUUAUAGUUGUGCUGAACAGUUUCCACAGUAAGAUCAUCAAAGUCAGAGUGCAGAAAAAGGCAGAGAAGAUCAAUGAAGAUCUUUUAAGUGAAGCUAGUGAAAGCAAAGGCAUAUGGGACUCCAUAGCAAGGAGAUCUUAUUCCUCCCCUCGACCCAGACUGCAAUAUUAUGCUGUAAGAUCUAGUCUUGCAAAAAAUAUGUGCUUCUGUAGCAUCACUGGUGGUGGCUCCAAGAUGGAUGAUGGAGAGAAGAAGAAAGAGGAUGUUCUAAACAUAUUUUCUGUGGCCUCAGGCCAUCUGUACGAGCGCUUUCUGAGAAUAAUGAUGCUGUCUGUUCUUCGGCAUACCAAAACACCUGUCAAGUUCUGGUUCCUCAAGAAUUACCUCUCCCCAUCUUUCAAGGAGACCAUCUCUCACAUGGCAGAGUCGUAUGGCUUUCAGUAUGAAUUGGUGCAGUACAAGUGGCCCCGUUGGCUCCACCAGCAGACUGAGAAGCAGCGCAUUAUCUGGGGAUACAAGAUCCUCUUCCUGGAUGUUCUGUUCCCUUUGGCUGUGGACAAGAUCAUCUUUGUGGACGCCGACCAGAUAGUUCGGGCUGAUCUGAAGGAGUUGAGGGAUUUAGACCUGGAGGGCGCUCCCUAUGGGUACACACCAUUUUGUGAUAGCCGCAGAGAGAUGGAAGGCUAUCGCUUCUGGAAAACUGGCUAUUGGGCCUCACAUCUAGGACACAGGAAAUACCACAUCAGCGCUCUGUAUGUAGUAGAUUUAAAGAAGUUUCGUAAGAUUGCAGCCGGGGACAGAUUACGAGGUCAGUACCAAGCCCUGAGCCAAGACCCCAACAGUCUGUCCAACCUGGACCAGGACCUUCCUAACAACAUGAUCCACCAGGUGGUCAUAAAGUCUCUUCCACAGGAGUGGCUGUGGUGUGAGACGUGGUGUGAUGACUCCUCCAAAGUCACAGCUAAGACUAUAGACCUGUGCAAUAACCCAAAGACCAAGGAGCCAAAGCUGACGGCUGCAGCGAGAAUUGUGCCUGAGUGGGUUGAAUAUGACAAUGAGAUAAAACAGCUACUGAGACAGGUCCAGGAACAGGAAGACAGAGCAAUGCAAAAACAGACUGCCUCUCCUUCACAACAUAAAAAAGUAGACAACCGGCAUGAUGAACUUUAGUGUCUGACAGCACCAUGCUGAAGAGGAAGGAGGCAGCACCUUUUGCAUGCAGGCCACCUGUGAAGCUUGAAGACAGACAAACAAUUCCAUCUAAACAUAGCCAUGGAGUGUUACAUCCCCCAGCCGGAGAAGGAUGUGAUAUUUUCAGAGAUGCCAUAUCUGCUUCUGGAGUCAAUACGUCUUACAAAAUUAACACGUGAUGUAAGUGUUAACUGACAACUGUGAACUUGUGGUGCGCUUACAGCUCUACAGUCAGGUCUUGGUUACUAUGUGGUUACCGGAGAAUGAAGUAAACCCAGAAAGAGUAAAAGGGUGAGGUCAGUCAAAGCACUCUAUUAGGUGUGUGUUUGAGUAUAAAUAGUUGGCAUAUAUUGCACUGAUAAUGUAUGCAAAAAAUCAAAUGGAGAAGGCACAUUCUCUAAGUAUCUAAUCUCAAAGUUUAAUGUUUUUUUUUAUGUAAAACUUUUCAUUUCAAAAAGCUAAUACAUUUAGGUAUUCUAUUUAAUGCAAACAACAUGAAGACUUUGACUACACUUUAACUGAAAUGCCCAAACCAAACUUGUGACUGACAUAAAGCUAGUCCUGUUUUUUAACUUCACAGCUUGCUACAAAGUUGUUACAUUAGAACUUCAGGACUGUACGAUUAUUAUUGGGGGGGCAGUCUGACUUUUUUGGGAGAGUAGGGGAGGGUCUUUUUUCCCGUUUUCUUACUCCAUAAGUCUAUUCUUCCCUUGGAAGAUUUAUUAUAUAAAAAAGAGAUCAAAUAGUUACAUAAAAAAGAUGGCUUUCAUGGGUCAUAAAGGUGCGUUUUACAAGCAGAAUCAGGGCUUUAUUUUCCUUCUCACCAUCAAAUAUGUAGCUAAUGCCCUCUUUGAAAAACACAAUACAUGCAGAUGUUAUAUAUUAGUUAUUACUGAUUGAAUGUCUCUAGCAAAGGCAUCAUUUUUUUCACUAUCCCGUACAGUCGCUGCUUUAUUCUGAAUCAUAACAAAAAGUUGAACUUAUUGUUCUUCUGAUCAGUGAAAUGAAACAUGUUGACUGUGGCUACAGUUUGAAGUGUUACUAAUCUGAUCAGUUCUGCAUGCGCGUUUCUUUCAGUCCACAAACUGAUCUCGACACACACUUUAUCAUCUGUUCUUUCACAGUUAGUCGAACUCUUACCAACACACAGAGCUUUGUUACCAACACACUAUCACUUUGGUGGUAAAACACUGAACCAGCUGUGUGUAAAACUGUGGCGCAGCAUGAGAGCGUGUGCCAUACACAGCUUUCUCCCUCUCUCCUGCGCACGUGAGCAGUGAUUAACUUGAGUUUUGAUAUUUGCCAGUGCUCUGUUUGGCUUAGCAGGAAAACGUUGCCUCUGAGUCUCCAGCUGGUGCCCCAAAACACACCUGGUUAGCACCUAAUUGGCUUAAUUAUGACAGACAGUUAAUCUCAGGAAACACCAUCAGAUAUAAAUCAUAUGACGUUUGACUAUUUGGAAUCUGGGGGUGGGGAAAAAUAUUACAGUUCUCAAGCCCCUCACAGCUGGUGACUGUACCCUGGCAGACAUUAGUGCCUCACGUGUGAAGUGUGCAGUAUGUAAUGAUGCUAUGUGGGAAAUGCCACCAGUCAGUACUGUAACGCAAAUCAGUUUAAAUUUGAAUUUAUCCACCAAUUUGCAGCCAAGAAAUAAUGUGUUAAUCAAACAUCUCCAUCAACAGCAGCACUCACAGGGAGCAGAGUGGACUUAACUUUCGUAGUUCAGGAAAUUAACCUACUGGCCUUAUUACCAUUCAGACCUGCACGCAUUGCAUGCCUGUCGCUUUCACACCACAUCAAUAUAAAACUAUUCCACCUUUUCUAAUGCACAGUGGAAUUUAACAGACUUUUGGAAAUCAAGUAGUUGCAGAUUUUCAAUGAUACAGGCCCGCCUAUCUGCAAUCUUGUGGAUCAUAAAGCUACGAUGUACUGAAAACGUCACCAAUGUCAAAUAAAUGCUAUGCCCAGGAGGCAGCGACGGUGCCCUUGCAAAAUACGUAUGCAGAUAGCGGAAGGGGAGGGGAAUUCCGACUGAAAUAAUUCGCCAGUGGCAGGCUUAUACCCACAGCCUACUUCCUGUGAGUCAGACUAAUGCAAUUCAGGCAUCAUGUAAUUCUUUUCUGACAUUCAGAUAGCUGAUCUCAUUUAACAGCUACAAUAUGAUCUGUUGUAAUCCAUAUUUAUUAAUUUGAAUCCUGAGUGGGGCAACAAAAAUUGUGGGGUGCCAGCUACUGUGACAGUUUAUUUAGUAGCUCCUUAUUCAAAAUUAGAAUGCGGCUGUAUUUUCACCUCUCUGUUUAUGCCAUAAAUGUUUGUUUGCUUGUUUUGAGAUAUUGGUGGAAGGGUCAGUGCCGCUGCUAGCCAUUUUGGUGACCUAAGCAUAAUUCCUUUAUUAUUCGCCUGUGCAAACAACCGGAACGGACCAUCCGGCACGGGGACUAGACUAGAGCAAUUAUUAAAUAUCUUUCUUGUUCCCCCUUUUUUGUUACAUAUACAUGGCUAAAAUGUGCCUAAUAUUUCUAUAGGCUAAUGAAAUAAUACCGGCAUUUAAAAAAAAAAAAUUUCAUUAGGCUAUUUUUGGUGCCCCCUCAGCACUUGGUGCCCUACGCACAGUGCGUGAUGCGCGUGGUGGGAGCGGCGGCGCUGGGAAGGGUAUUGCAUUUUGUUUUCAAUAUCAAGGGGAGGGUCCAAUGAAAAUAUAAAUAAGGCUGUGGAGAGUCUUGCUUUUGUAUAAAAUGAAAUAUAUGAUUAAGCCCCCCUCCACCCCACAAUCAUUUUCGUAUUGUCCCGGAGAACAGCAGUUGGCGCAGACAAUUUACUGUUCCCUAAACCCCGCCCCCGAACAGCGAUUGUCCAAUAGUAGCUUAGCAACCGUAACUAGGCACGGGAGGCCUGUUAUUUCUCCACGUGGCUAAGCAGUGUGCAUACAUCCAUGGGUGUGUGUGGCGCUAUAGUAAGAACAGUACUAGGUAUGUCAAUGGGGUUGGGGGGUGGUCGUGUCUUUACAAAACCAAAAACACACAAAGAGACAAAGUGUAAAAAUGGACUAAACUUCAUGUUUAUCUGCUCUAAUGUAAGCUGCAAACAUCCGCAUGCCUUUUUCUAUAGUAAGCAUUUUAACUAUUCAGGAGAUGUUAGAAAGAAUAACAUUUUAAUUAACUUACACUUGUAUUACAAUGCUGUACACCCUGCAAUAAUUUACACUAACAAAGAUCAUGCAACAUAGAUUAUCAGCGGGAUGCUAACUUUCUGCCUGAGACAUGUAUCUAGCUUUAGCCUCAGUCUUUUAGUAUUAUAUCAUGUAUGUAGCCAUCAUGUGCAUAUAUACGAUCAUUUUACAGGGUUCUUAUUUUAAAACGAAUCAGCAACAUUAAAAAGUAAACUGGAGGCAGAGUUUUCAACCAACACGGAUUUGGCGUUGGCAGUAGCUAACGCUAGAGCAGAUGAAAAUCCGAUAGGGAAAGUUGUCAUUUCAGCCGACAAAACUGACAGUUGUCGGCUUGAAAUGGGAAACCUGCUUUUGUUUACUUCAGUGUAAAAUCAGAGACCAACUGUUUCAAAAAUUUCUGCAAAUUUGGAGUGGUAAAUCUGCCAAGACUAUGGUAAACAUAUAGCUUAUGUACAUUGCUACAAUGGAAAGUUUGACAGGCAUAGCAACAGUAACUAAGUGGGCUGGGUUUACCUAACGGUCUUCUGUCAUGUGACUGUGUCAUACUCCGAAAACCACGCCCAACGGAAGGGAAAAUCGGCACCACAAUAUGCAACCAAGGGCUGAAAGGCUUACAGAAUGCCUGUAGCUAGCUAAAAAACAUUACAUUUCAGCAUGUCAAAAUAUUAUUUUAGCACCCUAUGUCUACUAGAGAGGGAAAAAGUUGCUAUAUAACAUUAGCUAGCUAAAGCCCUUGCAAACAUAAUAGCGCAUAGCUUUCUGGUUUAUCCACAUUCCACUAUAACACAAGUUGCAUACAGUCAAAAUGCUUAAGAAUACAGAGAUAUAGAGUUAGCCUAAAACGGACAUUUUGAUAUUUAACCGAUGACAAAAUACUUGCUGCACACGUAACUGAGGUCAGGAUCCCAGUUUUCCCAUUCUACCAGCUGAUGCCUCACGUCUUAUUGCCUGUAUCGCUUUUUGUCUUCUUAAAAGCUCAGUAUUUCGGUUCGGCAGCUUAUAAAAACGUAGUUCUGGGUUCUUUACCCUGUUGAUCAUGCAUCCCGACACACAGCAGGUUUGUUGCUUGCUAGCAGACCGAAGUGACAAGAAGGCAGUGGCACCUUCAAGCAAUACAAAGUCAAUGGAGAGCGAGGAAUUGUUUCCCCCUCCGGUGUGGGCGGGACUUCAUUGCGCUCUCUCAAAGAGUCCUCAUUUGCACUCUAAAGGUAGUGGUUUGUGGGUAGAAUAUAGGAUUUUAACUUAUUACAGUAUGUUUACAUCUUAUGUACAUUCAGCUUAACUGUAUUCAAUUUUUAGGAAGAAUUUUUCAAUAUUUUAAUUUGACAAUGGACCAGUGUUUUUGUCUCAGGAAUAAGAUGGGUGUUGCUGCUCAACUGAAGCAAACAGUAUUUUUUUUGUCUUAAAAGUCAAUACAAAUGGGGGCAGGAAGUCUGCUCUCAGGAUACCCAUCUUUCACUGUGCUGUGUCAAAUAGACAUGUUUAUAUUACUGUCUGGUGGAAAAAAUAAAUCUUUGCUACAAAACUUUAA